CCACUCUGUAAAACUAUUAUAUUUCAGGAUAUAACUCUAUAUACAGUAAAGGCAAUAUUGAUACUGGAUAAUGACGGAAACCGGUUACUAGUGAAGUACUAUGGGGAUACAUUUCCAACAGCAAAAGAGCAAAACCGAUUUGAAAAAGAUCUUUUCAACAAAAUGCACAAGUCCAAUGCUGAAGUCAUAUUGCUGGAUGGACUUACUUGUCUGUAUAGGGCAAGUGUGGAUCUCAAUUUUUGUGUCAUUGGAAAUGCGAGGGAAAAUGAGCUGCUAUUGCUGAGUGUUCUAAACACGCUGUUUGAGUCAGUCAGUCAGAUACUGAGGAAGGAGGUGGAGAAACGGACAUUCCUCGAACACUACGAUUCCAUUCUCCUUGCCGUGGAUGAGAUCUGUGAUGCAGGGGUGGUAAUACAGUCGGAUCCAGCUGAAGUUGUGUUGAGGGCUGGAGUGAGGGGAGAUGAGCUUUCAUUAGGAGAGCAGACAAUGGCACAGGUUAUUCAAUCUGCGAGAGACCAGCUGAAGUGGUCACUGCUCAAGUAGUUGCGUCUCAUGAAACCCUGGGUUGCAUACAUGGCCACCCAGUGUCACGGGAGCAAGAAUGCUGAGAUGCUGUUUGGUUUUUGAUUGCAUUAAUCAUGGUGAGAGUUGUUUAUAAUUUAUACAAGUUUUACGUGGUAAAUGUGUAAUUAAUGACACGUAUAACGAAGCAAACAAGGAAAUUGUAAUCUAGCAAAGAAAUAAGAUGGAUGUGAGUGUUUAGAUGUGAUGGUAAAUAGUAUUAUAAAAAUUCAUUCUAAUUGGGGUGUUAUUCUAUAUACUGUGUAUAUAAAGAUUGAAGUCAUACUGCCAAACUGGGCAAAAAUUCACGUUUAUAAACAACAGCUGGUGCCGUAUGUAA